AUGGCUGGUGUUCAAACGAUGAAAAUAAAAAACAUAAACCCUUCAAUGGAGGAUGCGCUGAUUAUCGCAGUUAUAAUUAUGAAACAAGCCCCAAAAAUUUUUCAAAGUAAAAGCAAACUUAAUGAAACGCGCGGAGUAAUGAAUUUGUCAUUACGUGAUUCUCCUAAUGAUGUGAUUAAUUGCACAAUUUGGGGUUCAGAACCUUUUGUAACAAAUUAUGAUCGAAUAUUUCAGAUCGGUAAUGUCGUGAAUGUCGUCAAGCCUCGAAUUGUAAUUCGAUCAUUGGACCGCAGUGAAAGUUUUCAACCUAAAUCAACGUCUUCAUUUUCCUUGACUGUUAAUGAGGGGGUUGGUGAAAUAGUUAUUCACGAAGGAGGUAAUUAUGCAGCCUAUAUGAACCUCAUACACUAUCCCUUAGCUCAAGAUUAUUUGGCUAUUAGUAACAUUCUGCAGAAGACUCAGGGGAUACAAGACGAUAAUGUGAAUUUAUUAGUAGCUGUGAGGGAAGUAAAACCUAUUAAGGAAAUAAAGUCAAGAAAUGGGGCGGCUAUGCAAUGUCGAGACGUAAUUGUCAUGGAUCAGACAAGCCCCAACUUUCUCAUACAAAUAUGGGAGAAAACAUUCAUAGAACGGGCAUCUCAAUGGCGACCACGUGACACCAUACUUUAUAUAUCUGAUCUAAGAGUGCGUUAUUCUGCAUUUCACCGUUCUGCAAUUGGAUCAUUUAUAUCCAGAACAGUCAUAACUGAAGAACCACGUGGCAUACAAUUAAAUGCAUUGAAAGAAUAUGCUAAAUCUCAGCCUGUAAACGACCAGGCUAUGGCUGAGAUGUUGAUAAGCAACGCUGAUAUCGAUCCGUCCACGAUAAACACAGUCAUGUCGCUCGCUCAGAUAUCAGAUCGUGCAAUUGGAAUCGAACAAGGCUCAGGAGGAAUCAUAUCAGAAGACAUGCGGGAUUCAGCAAGCCAAGAGUUUACCGCUCUUGUUUUUGCAAUGAUUACGCAUUUAGACUUGGAUGGUUACCUUAGCAUCAUCACCACAAAAUGUGGUAGAUGUCGCUUUAGAGUCAGUGAUGGAGGUUUGUGCAGUAAUCAAAAAUGUCCAGUCGGUUCAGGAGAACAGCCGAGUGCUGGUACAGUAACCGCCUUCGAUCUUCGAGUGCAUGUAACCGAUCAUACUUGCACUUUGACUAAUUUGCGCCUUAAUGGGGCUCCGGCAGAAAAAAUGCUUGGUUGCACGGUAACACAAUUCGAGCAGAUGACCCCCGAACAGCGCACAGCUCUGAAAUGGAACUUCCUAAUGGAACGUUGUGCAAUACGAUUAUUGGUAAUGAAAGUGACUGCCACUAGACUUCAGCCCAUCGUAACCAUACUAGAGUGUACUUUGGCCAACCCGGCCGAAGUACUUGCUAAAGUACCAGUCUAUUAG